UUAUUGGCAAAUUAUCGAUUAAAUUUCAAAAUAGAAUCAUCGUAUAUUUCAAUGUACAAUUCUUGUUAAUGUUUCAACAACAAGAAUGUCACUUGUGUUCACUUGGUACACAAGUCAUUCAUAAUAAUUUGAAUUGUACAUUUAAUCAAGAUAAGAAGAAUUGAAUACAAAUAUAAUGAUAUCAGUGAUUGUUACCAUCUUGUUAUUAUCAUUUACGUCAUCAUUAUUAUCACCAUCACCAUCGACAAUGAUGGAUAGAUUUCCUUGCAAAAGUAAUCUUUUCUAUGAUUUUCGUAAUAUCGAUCGUUUUAUGGACAAUAUGUGUGCACAAUGUUUAUGGUAUAUGGCUGGCAGUGAAGGUCCAUGGAUAAAUUUUGAUUCAGUACAUAAAUGGAAAGUAAUCUAUAAUUAUAGUGAUCAAAUCAACGUUCUUCUUUGCAAUCCGAAUUGUACGGAAUUCAAAUAUGAAACACUUAAACAGCCGAAUAAUUCCAUUCAAAAAGAGUUGAAAUCCGAAUUUUAUAUGGGUCUUUUACUCGAUUGUUGUGAACAAGCUCGUCAAUGUUGUGUACGAAUGUUGGAAAAUGGAAAUCAUGAUUCCCAUGAACAUGAUCAUUGUCCAGCUAAAUGGGAUGGUUUCAUGUGUUGGAAUUCAGCCAAACCGGGUACAAUCAGUUAUCAAACAUGUCCCAGUAUGACAUAUUUUGCUUUGGGUAUUAAACCAACAUCAUGUCGAAACGAAUUAGCGAAUAAAGAAUGUUGGCACAAUAGUACAUGGGCUAGAAUAAGCAAAGCUCAUUUCGAUGAAGUUGAAAAAAAAUGGAUCAACUAUUCUGAAGAAUACACAAAUUAUCUACCAUGUUCGACACCUGGUGCAACAAUUAAACUAAAAUUUAUUCGUAUAUCGAUAGUUAUCUAUGUCAUUUCUUUGGUACUCACAUCGAUCGGUUUCAUUUUACUCUGGACAUUCUGCAAUGAACGUCACAAAUUGAGAGAAAUUCAUCUUAAUUUUUUCCUAUCGCUCAUACUCACCGCAUCAUUUUCUCUUUCUGUAUUGAUAUUCAUCAAAGAACAACAUUAUCGUCUCAAUUCUAUGAUCGAUAAAAAUCCAAUAUGGUGUCGAAUAUUGAUGCUUUUGAUGAAAACGGCGCGUUUAACCAAUUAUUGUUGGAUGUUAAAUGAAGGCAUUAUACUUUGGCAGCUUGUUGUCCGUCCAAUGCCUGUCAAUAAAAUAAGAAUGACCAAAUUCUAUCUGUUAGGAUGGUUUUCUCCCAUCAUAAUAAUUUCAUUUUAUACAUUUAUUCAUUCAAUGGAAGUAUUUAACAAAAGUUGUUGGACCAAAUCGAUGGGUUAUUGGGAAUUAAUAUACAUUGUACCUACCAUUACAUUCAUUGUUAUAAAUACCAUAUUGUUAAUCUACAUGAUGUAUGUUUUGUUGCAUAAAUCAUUUACUACAUCAAACAACAUGAAUCACCAAUUACGGUCAAGUGUUGGUAAAUCCUUAUUGUUGGUGCCAGUGUUUGGAAUCCACUAUAUGUUCUACAUUGUUCCAUUCGAUCCAUUCGAAUCAUGUGCUUCGUAUCAGUUCGUAUUCCACUAUAUAAUGAUCAUCACCGAAGCAUUACAAGGUUCAAUUGUAACGGCAGUAUUCUGUUUCUUCAAUCAAGAGAUUCGUGAAAGUAUUAAAAGAAAAUUUGAUAAAAUGCGUCUUCGAAAUCAUUCCAUCACUCAACGUCGUAAUACAACUGUCGACAAUGAUGUUAUGGAGAUGGAAAAAUUGAAUCAAGUUGUAAAACUUAAUGAUUCAUGACUUUUCGCGAUAGUGAUGAUUAUGUGCCAGCCAUUCUGAGAUUUUCAACCAAAAAAAAAAAAAAAAAAAUUUACAACCAACACCGAUUCAUAAUGAUGUUUUUAGACAGCAACAACAGUAUAACAAUGCCAACCGAAUGUCAGCAAAUCGAUGUCACAAUAUAUAUAUAUCAUUAUAAAUGUCUUCAUACAAAGUUUAGCUUUUCACAUCCACCACAAAAAAAGUUGACAAUUAAAAUUGUAAGAGGAGAAUUCAUGUAUUUCAACAAACUAAAAAUGUGAACAUAAGUUUAAACACUAACAAACUAGAAUUCAUGCUAAUCGACGUUUCGUAAUCAUUCUGUGUGUGUGCAUAUAUAUGUAAAAUUUUCUUCAAUUUUAAAUCUUUUUUCCCUUUUCGAGAGAUUCUAUCAUAAACGCCCAUAAUAUUUUAUUCAUUCAUCGGAUCAUCUUAUUAAAGAUUAUUGUAUUUAAAAAAAAACUAGUUUAAAUAAUUUUGACACAUCAUUGACAUAAAGUGUGAUUUUAAUCCUCUUUUUAGUGAAACGGCCUACGGCUCCAGAUGUCUUG